AUGUCUAGCUCAAUAUUAUCAACUCAAGCAAGAACUCUCCUCUCUCGUCAAAGAUCCUCCAUAUAUCUUUUACCACGUUUAUAUACCACUGCUUCUCCAGAAAGAACAUUAAAGGAAACAUUCGCCAACAUAAUCCCUGCCAAAGCGGAAGAAAUCAAGAAAUUUAAAAAGGAACAUGGUAAAACUGUCAUUGGUGAAGUUCUAUUAGAACAAGCAUACGGUGGUAUGCGUGGUAUCAAAGGUAUAGUUUGGGAAGGUUCUGUAUUAGAUCCAGAAGAAGGUAUUAAAUUUAGAGGUCGUACCAUUCCUGAAAUUCAAAAUCAAUUACCAAAGAUUAAUGAUGAACCAUUACCUGAAGGUUUAUUUUGGCUAUUAUUAACUGGUGAAAUUCCAACUUUAAAUCAAGUAAACGCCUUAAGUGCUGAUUUGGCUUCUAGAAGUGAAUUACCUGAUCAUGUAGUUCAAUUGUUGGAUAAUUUACCAAAACAUUUACAUCCUAUGGCUCAAUUUUCAAUGGCUGUGACUGCUUUAGAAAGUGAAUCUAAAUUUGCUAAAGCUUAUGCUCAAGGUGUCUCUAAGAAGGAUUAUUGGAGUUAUACUUUUGAAGAUUCAUUGGAUCUUUUGGGUAAAUUACCAAAUAUUGCUGCAAAGAUUUAUAGAAACGUCUUUAAAGAUGGUAAAUUAGGUCAAUUUGAUGCUCAAGCAGAUUAUGGUAAGAAUUUAGCUAAUUUAAUGGGGUAUUCAAACAAAGAUUUCAUUGAAUUGAUGAGAUUAUAUUUAACCAUUCAUUCUGAUCAUGAAGGUGGUAACGUCUCAGCUCAUACUACUCAUCUUGUUGGGUCUGCAUUAUCAAGUCCUUAUUUAUCAUUGGCUGCAGGUUUGAAUGGAUUAGCUGGUCCAUUACAUGGUCGUGCUAAUCAAGAAGUAUUAGAAUGGUUAUUUAAAUUAAGAGAAGAAGUUAAAGGUGAUUAUUCCACUGAGACCAUUGAGAAAUAUUUAUGGGAUACUUUGAAUUCAGGUAGAGUUGUGCCAGGUUAUGGUCAUGCUGUCUUAAGAAAGACUGAUCCACGUUAUAUGGCACAACGUGAAUUUGCAUUGAAACAUUUCCCAGAUUAUGAGUUAUUUACUUUAGUAUCCAAGAUUUAUGAAGUGGCACCAAAGGUCUUAACGAAACAUGGUAAGACUAAGAAUCCAUGGCCAAAUGUUGAUUCUCAUUCUGGUGUCUUAUUACAAUACUACGGGUUGAGUGAAGCCUCUUUCUACACUGUUUUAUUUGGUGUCUCUAGAGCGUUUGGUGUAUUACCACAAUUAAUCAUCGAUAGAGCUGUUGGUGCACCAAUUGAAAGACCAAAAUCCUUUUCUACGGAAAAAUACAUGGAAUUAGUGAAAAAAAUUGAGUCAAGUUCUAAAUAG